AUGGCGCCAAAAUCGCUGGCAGAGCAGAUUGCUGACUUGGAGGACCUUACACCACGAGACUUUGAUCCUGAGGAUAUCGAGCGCGGUGGGAAUUCCAGCGAUGAAGAGGCAGACGAGAAGGAUGCCAGUGCCGGCAGGGAGCACUACCAAGCUGUUGGGAAAGCGAAACUUCGCAACGAGGACCCCGUCUCGUUAGGGAAACAAUAUGCCGGUUCGCGAGUUAGCCGGGAUGCUCUUGAAGAGGAGAGCGAUGAUGAUCCGUUCAAAGAACGCUCGGGCGAUGAAGAGAGUGAGGGUGAUGACGAUGUAAGCGACGACGAUGAGGAGGACAUUUCCGAAGAAAGUGAAGUGGAGAGGCCGCGCAAAUCCAAGGCUGUCAGCAAAAAGGGUCGACUGGAUGAGGAUGAUUUGGAGAUGGACGGGUCAGAAGAUAGUGAGGAGGACGAGGAAGAAUUUGACGAGGAAGAGUCCGACGAAGACGAGGAUGAGGAGGACGACGAAGAUGAGGAAGAGGAAGAGGAAGACGAGGAAACUGCAAAGCCAUCCAAACGCCGAGUGCAGUUCGACGACGCCAAAUCCGACGACCGCGAACAACUCCGCCAGCUAAUGGCCACGGACCAAAAGACCAUCGCAGCCUCCAUCUCGCGAGCCUCCAAAGCGGACGCAACAAAAGGCCGAGCCGUCAAACAACAACGCUCAGCAUUCGACGCCCUUCUCAACGCUCGCAUCAAGCUCCAAAAGGGCCUCACGGCAACCAACCAACUAACGGAAGCCCAGCCCGACGUUGAUGCCGACACGGACGCCUUCAAAUCCGCCGAAUCCGCCGCCCUCACCCUCUGGUCCACCCUCGAAGACCUCCGCCUCACCCUGGUCGACGCCCAAACCACAGACGAGUCCAAGAAGCGCAAACGCCCAUCCCCAGCAACACCAAGCACCUCAACCUCCUCCCUUUGGAAACGCAUGGCAGAUCUCGAGUCCGACUCCGUCACGCACCGCCGCGCAGUGCUCGACAAAUGGUCCCUCAAGGUCCGCGGCGCAAACGCCACAACCCUCGCAAACUCAAAGACGAAGCUCCUCGGCUCCGCAUCCGGGAAGCAGCAAACCAUCACCGCCGUGCUAGACGCCCACGUUGCAUCCGAGACGGCGGAUCUCCGCAGCGCUAAGCGGGCGCGCAACGCCUCAGUUACCCCAACUACAAAUGGUGAAACGGCUGAACAGGUAGAUAUUUACGACGACAGCGUCUUCUACCAAUCCCUUCUCCGCGAACUCGUCGAGCAGCGCAUGUCCUCCUCGGACGCGAUCACAAACGGCCUGGACACGCUGCACCUCCUGCCGUCGCGCAACGUGCACCAUGUGACGGGUAUGCGCAAGGACAAAGUGAAGCGGGACGUGGACACGCGCGCAUCUAAGGGGCGCAAGAUGCGCUUCGAUGUGCAUGAGAAACUGCAGAAUUUCAUGGCGCCUGAGGAGCGCGGGGCGUGGACGAGACAUGCGAGGGAUGAGUUCUUUGCUAGUCUGCUAGGACGCACGGCGAGUGGGAUGCUUGGGGAGGGGAGUGAGGAUGAAGAGGAUGUUGUUCGACGGGGUGGGGCUGAUGGUGGAGAGGAGAGUGAGGAUGAUGUUGAGGGUGGGUUGAGGCUUUUCAGAAGCUGA